AUGCUUACCACAUUAUUCCUUCUCGGUCCGGCAGUGCUUGUCUACGUGAUCUAUCAAAUAGUCACACAAGCAUUGCCUCGCUUUUUCCUUGUUCCUCCACAACAUUGGCAGGACAAGAUCCUUAAAGUGAUCAACCACCCUAAACCAAUUUACUUGAAAGUUGGAGCUAAGCGGUCAAGUUUCCGUCGUCGACUCAUCACAGCCAGUGUACAGCCAUCUUUUUACACCAACUUUCUCAGUAAUAAGUUGCAGCUCCACCCAAAGGACACAGAAAACAAAGAUGGUUUCUUCAUGAAUGCCAUGAAGAGAAGAGCUCCCAAUGAUGCCUCCAGAAAGGUCAUUUACGGCUUUUUCCACCCAUACGCGAACAAUGGUGGAGGAGGAGAAAAAGUGUUGUGGCAGGCGGUUCACGCAACUCUCUUGGAGGAUCCAAGAAACAUCGUGGCCAUCUACACGGUAAAUGUGGAUGCCAAACCAUUGGACAUCUUGCAAAAGGCUGCCGACAAGUUUGCCAUUACUGGAAUCGACUCCAAAAGGGUGGUUUUCAUUUACUUGCGUAGGUAUGCCCUGUUGAUCGACAGUAGCUACUGGAAACACUUCACCUUGCUUGGUCAGCUUUUUGGAUCGGCGGUCCUCGGCUUGGAAGCCAUGUAUGAGUUGAGUCCUGACAUUUGGAUUGACACCCAGGGCUUGCCUGGAAGUUAUCUUCUUGCCAAUUGGGUGUUGAAGGAGCCCAUUGUCGCAUAUGUUCAUUAUCCAAUCAUUCAGCCAGAUAUGUUCAGCAAGCUCAAGUUUCAGAAGUUCAGCGACUUAGUCACGAUGAGUUUCUCAGCCUCUGACGUGAAACAGGCCAUCAAGUUCUUGUACUGGACCGCAUUAUACAGUUUCUAUAUGUACUUGGGCUCCAUGGUGGAUAUCACCUUUGCAAAUGGAACCUGGACAUUGAACCACAUCAAGAACAUUUGGUACCUCAACCCAAUCAGAGGACGCGAGAUCGCACUUUUGUACCCACCAUGUUCUGCUGAAGUUCCUAAGGGUGUUGCGGAUACCGUUGUGGAGAAAGUUAAGCCCAGAAAGAACAACAUGAUAUAUGUUGGUCAAUUCCGUCCUGAAAAGAGACAUCUGCUUGUUUUGGAGCAAUACAGCAAGUUCUUGGCCAAAUUCCGCGACUCCAAGUUGCCAUUGUCAAGUCUCCCCACUAUCACUUUCUUGGGUUCUUGUAGAACUCCAACUGACUCCGAUACUUUGGAUAAACUUUAUGCGCAAGUCAGAAAGCUCGACAUUUCUGAUUAUGUUGAGUUUGUUGUUGACUGCUCCUAUGAGGAAUUGAAGGAACAUUUGGCCACCGCCAAGUUCGGUUUGAAUGCAAUGUGGAACGAGCAUUUCGGUAUCAGUGUGGUGGAAUAUCUUAGUUUUGGUGUGGUACCUAUUGUCCAUGCCUCGGCCGGACCACUCCUUGACAUUUUGAGCACAGAUACUCCCUCAAAGACCUGGGAAAACGACUUGGGCUUCUUUUUCAAGAGUGAAGAGGAUCCAGAUUACUCUGGUGUCAAACAAGGUGACAACCUUGACUUCUUUGUUGGAGAUGAAACUUGGACAUAUCCAACAUUGUCGGCACUUUUGACAAAACUAUUCAUCAAGUCACCAGAGACCAUUUCUGACGCCAAUCUUGCAAAAAAGAGGGCUCUGGCCAAGGGCAUUUUGGAGAAGAAGUUUUCUAGUAAGAUCUUUACAACAAAGUGGAUGGAGUUUCUCCGUUCGGUUGCAAUCAUGGAGAGAACUUAUAGAGAGAACCGCAGAGAUGGCAUUGAUGGUGUCCACUAG